CGGCUGCUGGUGUGCCUGGGUCCGAACGAGACUGGAAGAGGCAGGAUUCUUUUGACGACGACAUAGGAAUAAUCAUCGUGUUUGCGACCACCGACAAAAGGACCACCGAGGAAAAUGGCGGACCUCGAGGCGGUGCUGGCCGAUGUCAGCUACCUGAUGGCCAUGGAGAAGAGCAAGUGCACGCCGGCCGCCCGUGCCAGCAAAAAGAUCGUUCUGCCGGAUCCCAGCGUGAGAAGCGUUAUGCACAGAUAUUUGGAGAAGAAUAACGAAGUAAACUUCGACAAAAUAUUUAAUCAAAUGUUAGGUUACCUUUUAUUCAAAGACUUCUGCGAGACUGUAGCGGAGGAACCGAUUCCGCAACUUAGGUUUUACGAAGAGAUCAAAGCGUACGAGAAGCUCGAGUGUCCGGAAGACAGGAGAAAACUUGCCAGAGAGAUCUACGACAAUUACAUUAUGAAAGAGUUGCUGGCGCAUUCUCACGAAUAUUCGCAAGAGGCGGUAUCUCACGUACACAAAUAUCUCAUGAAGAACGAGGUUCCAGUUAACUUGUUCGAGCCGUACAUUGAGGAAAUUUUCAAUCAUUUGCGAGGAGAGCCGUUUCAGAAGUUUCUGGAAAGUGACAAAUAUACCCGCUUUUGCCAAUGGAAGAACCUAGAGUUGAACAUCCAGUUGACGAUGAACGACUUCAGCGUGCAUCGAAUAAUAGGCAGGGGUGGCUUCGGCGAGGUGUACGGUUGCCGGAAAGCCGACACUGGCAAGAUGUACGCCAUGAAAUGCCUGGAUAAGAAGCGCAUUAAGAUGAAACAGGGUGAAACAUUAGCCCUCAAUGAGAGGAUAAUGCUCUCGCUAGUCAGCACUGGGGUGGACUGUCCGUUCAUAGUGUGUAUGACGUACGCGUUUCACACGGCCGACAAGCUUUGCUUCAUAUUGGAUCUAAUGAACGGCGGCGAUUUGCAUUAUCACCUGAGCCAGCACGGAGUGUUCAAUGAGCCGGAAAUGAAGUUCUACGCCGCCGAGGUAAUCCUUGGCUUAGAGCACAUGCAUCGCAGGUACAUCGUCUACCGUGAUCUGAAGCCCGCGAACAUACUGCUGGAUGAGCACGGUCACGUCAGAAUAUCGGAUCUAGGGCUGGCGUGUGACUUCUCGAAGAAGAAACCACACGCGAGCGUCGGCACGCACGGAUAUAUGGCGCCGGAGGUACUCUCAAAGGGCACUGCGUACGACUCCAGCGCAGACUGGUUUUCCUUCGGUUGUAUGCUGUACAAGCUCUUGAAAGGGCACAGUCCAUUCAGACAACAUAAAACCAAGGACAAACACGAGAUAGACCGCAUGACAUUGACCAUGAACGUUGAAUUGCCGGAGACAUUUUCGCAAGAGUUACGGUCGCUGUUGGAAGGUUUACUGCAACGAGAUAUCAACAACAGACUCGGCUGCCGUGGCAACGGUGCGGAUGAGUUAAAGGCGCACCCGUUUUUCGAUGGUAUUGAUUGGCAGCAGGUGUACCUGCAAAAGUAUACGCCGCCCUUAAUACCGCCGCGCGGCGAGGUCAACGCCGCGGAUGCCUUCGACAUUGGCUCCUUCGACGAAGAGGACACGAAGGGAAUCAAACUCACGGACGCGGAUCAAGAUUUAUACAAAAACUUUCCUCUAGUCAUCUCCGAAAGAUGGCAAGCUGAAGUGGCCGAGACUGUGUUCGAGACAAUCAAUAACGAGGCCGACAAAUUGGAAAAUAAGAAGAAGGUGAAACAAAAACAACGAUUUGACACGGAUGAGAAAGGCUCGGACUGUAUAUUACACGGUUAUAUAAAAAAAUUAGGAGGUCCAUUUGCAAGCACAUGGCAAACACGUUACGCCAAGUUGUAUCCGAAUCGGUUAGAGUUGCAUCCGGAAUCCGCAACCAAGCCCGAACUCGUGUUCCUCGAUCAAGUCGAGGAAGUCGGAGCGGACCUGCAACUUGUAAAAGGAGAACAAUGCAUUGUAAUGCGCACAAGAGAUGCAAAGAUAGUACUUACAAAUGCUGAUGAAAUAAGUUUGAAAGAAUGGGCGCUCUCGUUAAGAUCGGCUCACAAAUGCUCGAUGGAGAUGCUCGGUAACAUGGCGAGAAAAGCGGGCAAGAUCUACGGGACUGAGCGGGACGCCGUGAUUCCGGCGACGCAGCGAUCUACAAACGGCAACUAGCCCAUUGUUGCCGUCACGUGCAAUGUCGCACCGUCAUACUCCAGUCCCACUGCCCCGCAGCAGCGACAGCAGCAGCAACUUUUUUUAUACUAAAUAACGAUAAACCAGAGAAUAGCGAUGAAUAACGAAAGGAUUGAAGAGGGGCGAGCGAGGAGCGAGCAAGGAGCGUUUCUCCGAAUGGUGGCAACGGCGCAGCGACGCGCACGGUAGUGCCUCUUCGUUUGAAAGCUCGCUCUUAUUUAUUUGCUGCGACGUUGGAAAAAAAAAAAAAAAAAAAAAAAAAAUAAAUCCCUCUUUUGUCACAUCUCGAUCAAACGGAACGUCCCAAAGAAAAUCCCGUUGUACGGCGGAUAGCGCUGCCCUGUGUAUUAUAGAGACUCUAGCCAAGUAGUGUCGUAUCGUGCGUAUAUUCUUCCAGGGCCAUGAGGAUUGCGCGCGUGUCCACACUCAUACGCGCAUGCACACGACACACAUCCGAUCGCGGCUCCUUCUGGUCACUGGCGCGGACGCAUAGGUAUCUCGUUAUAUUUGUACGUUAGUUGUAUGUGCAACAUGUGACGUAGCAACUAGCGACCGAUCGAGCGACGAACAAAAACUUAACACACGGAAAAUACGAGAUAUACAUCCGGUAGUGUAUUAUUUAUUAUGAUUAUAUACAUAUAUAUUAUAAUCUAGUACUCUACGCGAUCCCCCACUCUUAUUACUUUCUGCGCGUUUCGUCGUGCCGCUCGUUUACUUAAUUUAUUUACAGAGAGAAAGAGAGAAGAGAGACCGGUUUUAUAUUAUCCUUAUGAUGAAACAAAAGUGACCCAUUAUUUAUUAUGUUGUUAAGUGAGAGAGAAUGAGAGAAGAGUGAAAGGGAGAGAGAAAGAGAGAGAAAAAAAAUAACAAAACUCGUUUGUAUAUUAGCCAAAAGUGGAAUCGAAUACCGAAUACGUGCAACAUAUGUAUGCUCGAGUGGAUAAACGCAAGUCCGCUCCGGCAAUAAAAUAUGCGAUGAACGUA